AUGAGCGAAAGGAAAAAUGAAAAAAAUAUUGCAAAUGAAAGUAUUAUUUAUAUUAAAAAGUAUUUCACUUUACAUGAUUCUACUGUUGUUUCGAUAAAUCAACUCACUCAGAUCAUUUUAAAUAAAAGCUCGACCCCUGGUAAAGGGCUCCACAAAGCAGCAGAGUUGCAUACUCUUCUGAAAAGUGAAUUAACAUAUGAGUUUAUAAAAAUAUUCGAGUCAUUAAAAUCACUACUAGUCCAUAUGAAAGAGUGUGUUGAAAGAAUGAAAGCACUGCAAAGAUGUAUUAAAGAGUGUAAAGAUAAAAACGCUACCACUACUACUGCUACUACUGCCAGUACUACUUUAUUACAUUCCUUGGACGUCUUCUUUAACAACACAAUGACAUAUUUUAGUCAAGAUUAUAAAUUAAAAGAAAAGAUACAUGAAACACUUGUUCAUGUUGAUGGUACAUGUGAAGAUGAAUUAAACAGAAUAAAGUUGAUGUGGAAAGAAUCCCCUUUUUUAUUCUUAAUAUUUCAAAAGUAUAAUGUUAACAAAUUAAUUAUGGAGUAUACGCAGAUCUAA